CAUAUUAUCUCCUUGCAAUUAGGCGAAAAUGACUGGGCGGGAGCCCAACUGCGAUUUAAGUGGUGCGUAAGAAGUGUGUCCUUUUUCUUUCUGCAGAAACAUUCAGCCCGGUUUUGACCUCCUGCGUCAAGAACAACAUCAAAGAGGUGUGGCUGUUUUGGUUCCUGUGUUUGCUUUCACUAUUUUGUGAAAGGAGUGACAAAAAGGAAGGAAGAGUGAAAGAGAGACAGAGUGAGAGAGAGAGAGAGAGAGGAGUUGCUCAGUUGCGUUCAGGGACAAGUCAAAAAGAGGAAGUGUUUGGUUCGGGUCGCACACACACAAGCUGAGCCAGGAAGGAGAGAGCGGGUACCAGGUAACCACCUUAAUUGGGUUCUGACACAGAUGCUGUGAGCCGACAUCAUGGUUCGGUGGUUCCACAGAGACAUCACAGGCCUGCAGGCCGAGGAAGUGCUGAAGACUCAGGGCAUUCACGGCAGCUUUCUGGCCCGACCCAGCAAGAAGAACGUGGGGGAUUUCUCCUUGUCUGUCAGGGUGGGCGAGCAGGUGACCCACAUCCGCAUCCAGAACACGGGAGACUACUACGACCUUUACGGCGGGGAAAAGUUUGCCACGCUGUCUGAGCUGGUGGAAUACUACACGGCCGACAACGGCAUCCUGCAGGACAAAGAUGGCACCGUCAUCGAACUCAAAUACCCUCUCAACUCCUCCGAUCCCACCACUGAGAGGUGGUACCACGGCCACCUGUCUGGUCCAAAUGCCGAGAAGAUGCUCAUUGCUCGGGAUGAGUCUGGAACCUUCCUGGUCAGAGAGUCGCUGUCCAAGCCGGGAGAUUUCGUUCUGUCAUGUCUGACGGACGAGCGCAGCAAAACAGGAGCAAGGAGAGUGUCUCACAUCAAGAUCAUGUGCCAGAAUGAGAGAUACACAAUAGGAGGCUCAGACUUCUUCGACACGCUAAGCGACUUGGUGGAGUUCUACAAACACAAAGGCAUCGAGGAGGUCUCCGGCAACUGGGUACUUCUCAAACAACCGUAUUUCUCCACCAGGUUGAACGCAGCCGACAUCGACAGCAGAGUGAAGCAACUGGAUCAGACCACACAACUGCAGCAGGAAGCCGAGGGCGGGAAAAGCAAGGCGGGCUUUUGGGAGGAGUUUGAUGCUCUUCAAAAGUUUGAGGCAAAGGUGAAAAAGAGUCGAGAGGAAGGCCAGAGACCAGAAAACAAGACUAAAAACCGAUACAAGAACAUCCUGCCUUUCAAUGACACCAGAGUGACCCUGCAGAAUGCAGACCCCAACGUUGUGGGUUCAGAUUACAUCAACGCCAAUUAUGUGCGGAAUACCUUGUGGGAUUUGGAGAAUCCUAAAGUUUACAUCGCCACUCAGGGUUGCUUGGCGACAACCGUCAAUGACUUCUGGCAGAUGGUCUGGCAGGAGAACACCAGGGUCAUCGUCAUGACGACCAGGGAGGUUGAGAAAGGGCGGAAUAAAUGUGUGCCGUACUGGCCCGACAGCGAGACCCCCAAGGUGGCGGGCUGCUAUGUGGUGACCUCCAAGUCGGAAAGGGACGCGCUAGAUUACAAAGUCCGAGUCCUGGAGAUAGCGCCUGUGAACAAGGUGGGCCCUCCCAACACUGCAAUGAAAACUGGCUUCCACCCUCAUUUCGGACAUUGUCACUUCUUUCUCCAGCCCAAAUAUUCCCGCACCGUGUGGCACUACCAGUACCGGAGCUGGCCUGACCAUGGCGUCCCACAGGAGCCAGGGGCCAUCCUUAGCUUCCUCACCCAAGUCAACGCCAAACAGGACGAAUGUCAUGAUGCUGGUCCUAUGGUCAUCCACUGCAGUGCUGGGAUCGGUCGGACGGGCACAAUUGUGGUGAUCGACAUGAUCAUCGGGACCAUUAACACCAUAGGUCUAAACUGUGACAUCGACAUCUCCAAGUACAUCCAAAUGGUGCGGGAGCAGCGUUCCGGGAUGGUGCAGACCGAGGCCCAGUACAGGUUCAUCUACCUGGCCGUGUCCGAGUACAUCCAGACCACCAAAGCUAAAGACGGCGCCGCCAUGGAAGCGGAGACAGAGUAUGGAAAUCUACAACUCAAACACGCCGGGACGAGCAGAAUCAGCACAAAAAACCAGGAGGAAGUGUACGAGAACUUGAGCAAAGCAAAGAAAGACAAGAAAAAUCUCAAACCAGACAAGAAGGGUGGAUCGUUAAAGAAAAAAUAACAACAAUUUAAUGGCAAAAGUAUGUUAUUUGGUAUUUAUGUUGGUCCAUUUUGUAUUUUUUUACUAGAGCAGACCUUCAAUAAAACAGCUGGUGUAAGCCAACACAUACCAAAAA